AUGCCAGACGAUCCAUUAAUUAAAGAAUGGGCAACAAAGGUCAAAACGACUUAUGAAAACUCAGAGGCAGUAGACCAUUUAACAAACAUGAGCAAACCACAAAUUCAAAAAGAAACAAACAAGAUGGAAGGUGUUGAGAAAGAGAGCAAAGUGGAAAAAGCUCAUGAUAUAGAUAUAAGAAAACGACGACAAGAAGAAGAGCUUAUGGGGUUAGAAGAAGAACCAAGUUUACUUAAAAAUGCUGAACAAGUCAAAGAUAUUAACACUUCAGCAAAAAGCAAGGAAAAAAAAUCAGACGAGACAAGAAUAAAGGAGAAGAAAGCUAAGAAAAACCAAAAAAUACCUCUGGAGAACAUACUUCAAGACAGCAAGAAAGCAUACGAAGAAGAAGUCCAAAAAGAGAUCCAUAAGCUGAAAGUAGAAGAGGAUGCAAGUUUAACAGCUUUAGAAAACCAAAUAAUAGCAACAUCAGUCCCAUUAGAAGAUAGUUUGUGGGCACCAGAAAACAGAGAGUGCAAUCGUAAGAACUCAUUUAAAGCAAAUGUACCAGCAUAUAAUGUGCCAGGGGAGAAUAGUAAAGACAGAGUAAACUAUUUAAGAUGGGUACUAAGAGGCAACAAGCACAUAAAAGCAAUUAGGGAAGAGUUUAAGAGAGGGAACAACUGGGUGAUAAUAGACUUCGACUGUGAACACAAUAGAUGUGCAGCAAUUGAAAAGGUUAAGAAAAAAGAAGAGUGGUUAAUCAUCAUCCCAGAAGAAGAAGAAAGUGUAGCUAAAGAAAACUUCGAGCAGAAUAAUAAGUACAAAAAAGAAGCCAAUUACAACCAUUGCAAUGAUAUUAGUGAAGAAGACCUAAGUGAAAAGGAGAAAGAUGAUGAUAAAAAGGCAUCAAGACUUCUAACGAUUUGGGAUCUCCCUCCAGAUAUUAAUGAAAAAGAAAUAAGAUACAUGUGUAGAAGUUUCAAGAAACUGCACAUUAUACGAAUCAAACGUUCACAAUACAAGGCAUUGGCAGUAAUCGAAGUUGGCUUUAUAGAAAAAGAAAACAUUCCUUGGUCACUUCCACUAGGAAACA